UUUUUGUAUUCACGAAUCACCCCGACUUUGGAGGAGGUCGGAUACGCACCGAGCGAGAGACUGCAGCCACCAUGAGGGGAUUACUCGCUUUUGCCGUCGUGACUACUGCUUUACUGUGCGUCUUCCCCGCUGUCAGGGGAGACUGCAGCAGUGUAACAUGCGGAUCCUUCGGGUACGUGGCAAUCCCAUCUGGCGGGGGAGAGUGUGCCUUCUGCCUCAGCGGUAAUUCUGCGCCUUCGUGCCCUGGAAUCGACUGCAACGGGAAUCCAUUCCUACGACGCUUGCCCCUUGUAAAGAGUCGACCUGUGUGGAUAAGACCAUCGGCUUGUACACUUACCCACUCUGCGACUGUCAGCGGUACUACACCUGCACCAAGCCUGUGUCUGGAGGCAGUCUGAUAAAACACGAGUACAUGUGCUUCGGUAACGACGUCUUCGACAAGGAUUUGACCAAAUGCGUCGCAGAUAAGACCGCCUGUCCGUACGCUUAAGCGGAAGGAGGAAAGGGCGGGCGUUGGUUUCUCACCCUACGUUUUAUAAAAGGAAUUGAAAAUGAUGUGAUUAUUUCAUUAAUUAUGUGUGUGAUUAUUUUUUUCUGUUUAUGAUUCACCUUUUACUCAUUUUUUCCCCAUCGAGUAUCGUACUUGAUGAGGGAAGAUUUAUGAGUUUAUAUUAAGAUUAUAUGAGUUCGAACAAAGCAUAUGACUUCUGUGACAA